UUUGCUGAUUGAGAGAAGACUGUGACUGUGCAGUAUCGACAUGUUUGGAUUUAUCAAGAAGUCUGGACAGUCAUUUGGUUCAUAGGAAAGUGUCCCGUUCAUUUCUGAUCCGUGGUGUUUGAUAAGUGGCAGAACUAUGGACCAUCCUCUGGUGUGGGUUCUCAUCCUGGUGCUGCUCAACUUCAAUACAGAUGUCUCUGGCCAUGUGGUGGUUCCCUCUAUGAACCCCUUAGCUGUGGGCAGUAAUGUCACACUGAACCUAGUUCCCGAAAGCCCCAUCAACAUAGGGACCUGGUCAUAUGAAACUACAACCAUCGUACUUUUCUAUCCUAGUGGCAGUAUUAUGAGUAGAAGUUAUCGAGGCAGAGUCUCCUUCAACCGCUCCUCCUCAGAGCUGUCCAUAAGCUCUCUCCAACUCAACGACUCAGGACGAUAUACCGUGCAGGGAAUGGAGCCAGUCCUGACCGCUGUGGUGACCUUGUCUGUCCAGGAGCCCAUUUCUAAUGUGACUCUAAGAGCCAAUGCCACUGAUCUAGUGGAAUUGAACGACACUGCCAUUGUCACCUGCUCCGUCUCCUCUGGCACCUCCCUCUCCUACCGCUGGAUGAAUGGCAGCUCAGAGGUUGCAGCCAGUGACAGAGUUCGGCUUGGUGUUGGGAACAGCACUCUUACCAUAGUCAGUGUGACACGAUACGAUGAAGGGCCAUUCAGAUGUGAGGUCAUCAAUGGAAUCAGCAAUGGCACCAGCCAGCCCAUCGACCUCAAUGUUAGAUAUGGCCCAAGUAACCUCACCAUGAUGGUAGUUCCUGAGAUGACCAUAGGACAUACAGCCUACAAGGCGGGCUCUGUCAUCACUCUGUCCUGCUCAGCUCAGUCCAAACCCGCUGAGUCCUUCAAGUGGAGCUUUAAUGGGACGUUCCUCAACGAGCAAAGCCCGAAGCUCAGCCUGCAGAACACCAGGGAGAACCAGACAGGAAGUUACGCAUGCUUAGCCCACAACAAUGUCACACUCCGAUACGCCACCAUGACCACAAUGAUAAAGAUCGUGGAGCCGAUAUCAGCGGUUUCGUUGAACCGUGAUGGGAAGCCACCGAUACUGGAUCAGUCGUUCACUCUGCGGUGUGAGGUGACUGGACCUGUAGACUACAUUCACUGGCUGAUGAACGGCCAGCUCAUCUCCCUAAACAACAGAACAUUCUUCUCUACGGACAACAAGACAAUGGUUAUCAACCCAAUCCAGUUUUCUGACAGUGGAGAAUAUCUCUGUGACGCCUUUAAUGAUGUCAGUAACAAGACCAGCAUGACAUACAAGCUUGUGGUUAACUUUGGACCAGAGAGGCCUGCUGUAACUAGUCCGGAUAUAGCAAUGACAGGACACACCGUGACCUUCAACUGCUCGGCCUCCUCUCAGCCUACCAGCCAGUUCAGCUGGUUCUUCAAUGGCUCCCAGGUGGCGACUGGCUCAGUGUAUGAGACUGGCCGACUGACCUUAGCCAGUCAUGGGGAGUACACUUGUGUGGCCUUCAACAACCUCACUGGCAGAAACAGCACUGUCUCCAAGAUGCUCAUUGUCAUUGAACCAGUAACCAUGGCCAUGGUGAAAGUCAUGGGUGCCCAGCCAAUAGCAGACUACAUGUUUGUUCUGACCUGUGAGACCACUGGAACCAUUUACUCCAUUCACUGGAUGAAGAACGGCUGGCCUCUGUUAGCUGAUAACAGAACAGACUUCUCUAUAGACAAUAAUACACUGACCUUCAACUCUGUCCAGCAUUCUGACAACGGAGAAUAUCUGUGUUCUGCUUCCAACCCACUCAGCAACAUGACCAGCACAGAAUACAGACUGAUCGUCAACUAUGGACCAGAGAUGCCUGUUAUAACAGGACCAGCAUUAGCAGAAACAGGACACAACCUGACCUUCAACUGCUCUGCCUCCUCUCAGCCUCCCAGCCAGUUCAGCUGGUUCUUCAAUGGCUCCCAGGUGGAGGCUGGCUCAGUGUACGAGACUGGCCCACUGACCUUAGCCAGUCAUGGGGAGUACACCUGUGUGGCCUUCAACAACCUCACUGGCAGAAACAGAACUGUCUCCAAGAUUCUCACUGUUGUUGAACCAGUCACUAUGACCAUGGUGAAAGCCAUGGGAUCCCAGCCAAUACUGAAUGAGAGAUUCUCUCUGACCUGUGAGACCACUGGAACCAUUUACUCCAUUAAUUGGAUGAAGAACGGCUGGCCUCUGUUAGCUGAUAACAGAACAGACUUCUCUAUGGACAACAAUACCCUAACCUUCAACUCUGUCCAGCAUUCUGACAACGGAGACUAUCAGUGUUCUGCUUCCAACCCCCUCAGCAACAUGACCAGCCCAAACUACAGACUGAUCGUCAACUAUGGUCCAGAUAGACCUGUUAUCAUGAGUCCGGAUAUAGCGAUGACAGGACACAACCUGACCUUCAACUGCUCUGCCUCCUCUCAGCCUCCCAGCCAGUUCAGCUGGUUCUUCAAUGGCUCCCAGGUGGCGACUGGCUCAGUGUACGAGACUGGCCCACUGACCUUAGCCAGUCAUGGGGAGUACACCUGUGUGGCCUUCAACAACCUCACUGGCAGAAACAGAACUGUCUCCAAGAUUCUCACUGUUGUUGAACCAGUCACUAUGACCAUGGUGAAAGCCAUGGGAUCCCAGCCAAUACUGAAUGAGAGAUUCUCUCUGACCUGUGAGACCACUGGAACCAUUUACUCCAUUAAUUGGAUGAAGAACGGCUGGCCUCUGUUAGCUGAUAACAGAACAGACUUCUCUAUGGACAACAAUACACUAACCUUCAACUCUGUCCAGCAUUCUGACAACGGAGACUAUAAGUGUUCUGCUUCCAACCCCCUCAGCAACAUGACCAGCCCAAACUACAGACUGAUCGUCAACUAUGGUCCAGAUAGACCUGUUAUCAUGAGUCCGGAUAUAGCGAUGACAGGACACAACCUGACCUUCAACUGCUCUGCCUCCUCUCAGCCUCCCAGCCAGUUCAGCUGGUUCUUCAAUGGCUCCCAGGUGGCGACUGGCUCAGUGUACGAGACUGGCCCACUGACCUUAGCCAGUCAUGGGGAGUACACCUGUGUGGCCUUCAACAACGUCACUGGCAGAAACAGAACUGUCUCCAAGAUGCUCAUUGUCAUAGAACCAGUAACCAUGGCCAUGGUGAAAGUCAUGGGUGCCCAGCCAAUAGCAGACUACAUGUUUGUUCUGACCUGUGAGACCACUGGAACCAUUUACUCCAUUCACUGGAUGAAGAACGGCUGGCCUCUGUUAGCUGAUAACAGAACAGACUUCUCUAUGGACAACAAUACACUAACCUUCAACUCUGUCGAGGAUUCUGACAACGGAGACUAUCAGUGUUCUGCCUACAACCCACUCAGCAACAUGACCAGCACAGAAUACAGACUGAUCGUCAACUAUGGUCCAGAGAGACCUGUUAUCAUGAGUCCGGAUAUAGCGAUGACAGGACACACCGUGACCUUCAACUGCUCGGCCUCCUCUCAGCCUACCAGCCAGUUCAGCUGGUUCUUCAAUGGCUCCCAGAUGAGGACUGGCUCAGUGUAUGAGACUGGCCCAUUGACCUUAGCUAGUCAUGGGGAGUACACCUGUGUGGCCUUCAACAACGUCACUGACAGAAACAGCACUGCCUCCAAGAUGCUCACCAUCAUUGCACCUGUGACCAUGACCAUGGUGAAAGUCAUUGGAGCCCAGCCAAUACUGAAUGAGAGAUUCUCUCUGACCUGUGGGACCGCUGGAACGGUUUACUCGAUUCACUGGAUGAGGAACGGCUGGCCUCUGUUAGCUGAUAACAGAACAGACUUCUCUAUGGACAAUAAUACACUGACCUUCAACUCUGUCCAGCAUUCUGACAAAGGAGACUAUCAGUGUUCUGCUUCCAACCCCCUCAGCAACAUGACCAGCCCAAACUACAGACUGAUCGUCAACUAUGGACCAGAGAUGCCUGUUAUAACAGGACCAGCAUUAGAAGAAACAGGACACAACCUGACCUUCAACUGCUCUGCCUCCUCUCAGCCUCCCAGCCAGUUCAGCUGGUUCUUCAAUGGCUCCCAGGUGGAGGCUGGCUCAGUGUACGAGACUGGCCCACUGACCUUAGCCAGUCAUGGGGAGUACACCUGUGUGGCCUUCAACAACCUCACUGGCAGAAACAGAACUGUCUCCAAGAUGCUCAUUGUCAUUGAACCAGUAACCAUGGCCAUGGUGAAAGUCAUGGGUGCCCAGCCAAUAGCAGACUACAUGUUUGUUCUGACCUGUGAGACCACUGGAACCAUUUACUCCAUUCACUGGAUGAAGAACGGCUGGCCUCUGUUAGCUGAUAACAGAACAGACUUCUCUAUAGACAACAAUACACUAACCUUCAACUCUGUCGAGGAUUCUGACAACGGAGACUAUCAGUGUUCUGCCUACAACCCACUCAGCAACAUGACCAGCACAGAAUACAGACUGAUCGUCAACUAUGGUCCAGAGAGACCUGUUAUCAUGAGUCCGGAUAUAGCGAUGACAGGACACACCGUGACCUUCAACUGCUCGGCCUCCUCUCAGCCUACCAGCCAGUUCAGCUGGUUCUUCAAUGGCUCCCAGAUGAGGACUGGCUCAGUGUAUGAGACUGGCCCAUUGACCUUAGCUAGUCAUGGGGAGUACACCUGUGUGGCCUUCAACAACGUCACUGACAGAAACAGCACUGCCUCCAAGAUGCUCACCAUCAUUGCACCUGUGACCAUGACCAUGGUGAAAGUCAUUGGAGCCCAGCCAAUACUGAAUGAGAGAUUCUCUCUGACCUGUGGCACCGCUGGAACGGUUUACUCGAUUCACUGGAUGAGGAACGGCUGGCCUCUUUUAGCUGAUAACAGAACAGACUUCUCUAUGGACAAUAAUACACUGACCUUCAACUCUGUCCAGCAUUCUGACAAAGGAGACUAUCAGUGUUCUGCUUCCAACCCCCUCAGCAACAUGACCAGCCCAAACUACAGACUGAUCGUCAACUAUGGACCAGAGAUGCCUGUUAUAACAGGACCAGCAUUAGAAGAAACAGGACACAACCUGACCUUCAACUGCUCUGCCUCCUCUCAGCCUCCCAGCCAGUUCAGCUGGUUCUUCAAUGGCUCCCAGGUGGAGGCUGGCUCAGUGUACGAGACUGGCCCACUGACCUUAGCCAGUCAUGGGGAGUACACCUGUGUGGCCUUCAACAACCUCACUGGCAGAAACAGAACUGUCUCCAAGAUGCUCAUUGUCAUUGAACCAGUAACCAUGGCCAUGGUGAAAGUCAUGGGUGCCCAGCCAAUAGCAGACUACAUGUUUGUUCUGACCUGUGAGACCACUGGAACCAUUUACUCCAUUCACUGGAUGAAGAACGGCUGGCCUCUGUUAGCUGAUAACAGAACAGACUUCUCUAUAGACAACAAUACACUAACCUUCAACUCUGUCGAGGAUUCUGACAACGGAGACUAUCAGUGUUCUGCCUACAACCCACUCAGCAACAUGACCAGCACAGAAUACAGACUGAUCGUCAACUAUGGUCCAGAGAGACCUGUUAUCAUGAGUCCGGAUAUAGCGAUGACAGGACACACCGUGACCUUCAACUGCUCGGCCUCCUCUCAGCCUACCAGCCAGUUCAGCUGGUUCUUCAAUGGCUCCCAGAUGAGGACUGGCUCAGUGUAUGAGACUGGCCCAUUGACCUUAGCUAGUCAUGGGGAGUACACCUGUGUGGCCUUCAACAACGUCACUGACAGAAACAGCACUGCCUCCAAGAUGCUCACCAUCAUUGCACCUGUGACCAUGACCAUGGUGAAAGUCAUUGGAGCCCAGCCAAUACUGAAUGAGAGAUUCUCUCUGACCUGUGGCACCGCUGGAACGGUUUACUCGAUUCACUGGAUGAGGAACGGCUGGCCUCUUUUAGCUGAUAACAGAACAGACUUCUCUAUGGACAAUAAUACACUGACCUUCAACUCUGUCCAGCAUUCUGACAACGGAGACUAUCAGUGUUCUGCUUCCAACCCACUUAGCAACAUGACCAGCCCAAACUACAGACUGAUCGUCAACUAUGGACCAGAGAUGCCUGUUAUAACAGGACCAGCAUUAGAAGAAACAGGACACAACCUGACCUUCAACUGCUCUGCCUCCUCUCAGCCUCCCAGCCAGUUCAGCUGGUUCUUCAAUGGCUCCCAGGUGGAGGCUGGCUCAGUGUACGAGACUGGCCCACUGACCUUAGCCAGUCAUGGGGAGUACACCUGUGUGGCCUUCAACAACCUCACUGGCAGAAACAGAACUGUCUCCAAGAUGCUCAUUGUCAUUGAACCAGUAACCAUGGCCAUGGUGAAAGUCAUGGGUGCCCAGCCAAUAGCAGACUACAUGUUUGUUCUGACCUGUGAGACCACUGGAACCAUUUACUCCAUUCACUGGAUGAAGAACGGCUGGCCUCUGUUAGCUGAUAACAGAACAGACUUCUCUAUAGACAACAAUACACUAACCUUCAACUCUGUCGAGGAUUCUGACAACGGAGACUAUCAGUGUUCUGCCUACAACCCACUCAGCAACAUGACCAGCACAGAAUACAGACUGAUCGUCAACUAUGGUCCAGAGAGACCUGUUAUCAUGAGUCCGGAUAUAGCGAUGACAGGACACACCGUGACCUUCAACUGCUCGGCCUCCUCUCAGCCUACCAGCCAGUUCAGCUGGUUCUUCAAUGGCUCCCAGGUGGAGGCUGGCUCAGUGUAUGAGACUGGCCCACUGACCUUAGCCAGUCAUGGGGAGUACACCUGUGUGGCCUUCAACAACGUCACUGUCAGAAACAGAAGUGUCUCCAAGAUUCUCACUGUUGUUGAACCAGUCACUAUGACCAUGGUGAAAGCCAUGGGAUCCCAGCCAAAACUGAACCAGAGAUUCUCUCUGACCUGUAAGACCACUGGAACCAUUUACUCCAUUAAUUGGAUGAAGAACGGCUGGCCUCUGUUAGCUGAUAACAGAACAGACUUCUCUAUGGACAACAAUACACUGACCUUCAACUCUGUCCAGCAUUCUGACAACGGAGACUAUCAGUGUUCUGCUUCCAACCCCCUCAGCAACAUGACCAGCCCAAACUACAGACUGAUCGUCAACUAUGGUCCAGAGAGACCUGUUAUCAUGAGUCCGGAUAUAGCGAUGACAGGACACAACCUGACCUUCAACUGCUCGGCCUCCUCUCAGCCUCCCAGCCAGUUCAGCUGGUUCUUCAAUGGCUCCCAGGUGGCGACUGGCUCAGUGUAUGAGACUGGCCCAUUGACCUUAGCCAGUCAUGGGGAGUACACCUGUGUGGCCUUCAACAACAUCACUGUCAGAAACAUCACUGUCUCCAAGAUCCUCACCAUCAUUGAGGCUAUAAGGUCGGUGACGGUGAAACGAAACAAAUUACCAAUAGCAUCUGACAACCUAACCCUGACCUGUGACGUCACCGGGCACUAUGACACCAUCUACUGGAUGAAGGACAACCGGUCUCUGGUCCUGAACAACACCUUGAACUCUGACAUCACCAUCUCUAACAACUCUCUGCACUUCAGUCCAGUCAAGGUGUCUAAUGAUGGAAACUAUCAGUGCGUUGCCACCAACCUCUUUGGUCCACACACCAGCCCUAAAUACCAGCUACUGGUGAACUAUGGCCCUAAGAGUGUGAAUAUCUCUGGCCCAGUCUCAGUGGUGAUUGGCUCAGUAAUCACAGCUACACUGAAGUGCUCUGCCGACUCCCGGCCAACCAGCGAGUACGGGUGGAAAUUCAACAACCAAUCAGUGCUUGGGACUGGUCCUAUGAUGUCUGUUAUCGCCUCCUUGGAGAAUGCAGGGGACUACACUUGUGUGGCCAAGAACCCUGUGACCAACAUCUCAAUGUCCAAUACCAUUAGUCUGGAUGUCACUGGCCACUCGCCUGCCCCUCCAUUCCAGUCCAGAGUUGGUCUGAUGCUGAUGGCCCUGCUAUCCCUCUCUCUCUGCAUCUGAUCAACCACUGAGACCACCACAGUAAGCACACUGCAUGUCUGUCUGCUGGUUGGGAGCCAAUCACUCCCUUCCCUCUACCCUCACUGACUCACAUUGUUGAUCUGAAAAAGGACUGGAUAGAAAUAAGUGGUUUUGUUGAUAUUGUAAUUGCCCCUUCUUGCCACCAUAGGGUUGGGUUUAGUAUGCUCAGCUCCUUUCCAAUGCUUUUAGAUUGUGAGGAGAGAGUCAACAAGAGGUCAGAUGGGAGAGGUCUAUCCCCUUAGAAUAGAACCCACCCCUACAACGUGUUUUUGUGUCAAUCAUCUCUAUAAAUAAAAACCAAAAUCUUGAAAACUGGUCUUCAACAUGAUCAUUGAAGGGGCAAACAUCCACUGCUCAGCUGCACUGCCUAUUUCUGUUUCUAAUUAAAUGUCCUUAGAUAUUCACUGCCCUUAUGACUGUAACUAUUGCCCUGGAGUCCAUUCACUGAGUCCCUUUCUGUGUAUGAUCAUGUAUGUAAACUCUGUUCAAGUACAAAUUCAGGUUUAUUUAACUUAUAAAUGUUUCAAAUGAUAAUACAUUUAGCUGGUGUUUAUGUAAAACAUGGGUUGUUUUUCACAUAUUAAAUGUAUAGCUUGUAAAUCCUCAGAGGAGAUGCAGGCUUGUGCUGUUGUCUUAUGUUUAUAUUUCCUCUACAUUAAUUAUUGUCUAAAAUAAAGUGUUAUCUUUUCACACCUGUA